UGCAGCGUGCCUUGUAUGCACCGUGUAUAACUUCAACACUCCGACACACACUUUCACAGUGCGAUCUGGACUCUACUUUGAACAGAUUACCGGUAUCGUUAAUCAUGGAUUUGAAAUACUUGGCGGUUAUGGUUGUGCUCGCUGUGGCGACAUACGCUCCUUUCUCACAAGCUAAACCAAUCAGUCUGGUGGAGAGGUGUUGGUGUCGUUCUACAGUUAACACCGUCCCCCAGCGUAACAUCCGAGAACUGAAGUUCCUGCACACACCCAACUGCCCCUUCCAAGUGAUUGCCAAGCUGAAGAACCACAAGGAGGUUUGUAUCAAUCCCGAGACCAAGUGGCUGCAGCAGUACCUGAAGAAUGCCCUCAACAAGAUGAAGACAUCCAAGCAGACCAACUAGAGAGCCUGCAGGAAGACCUACCAACAGACAUGUAACAUGAGACGUGUAGGUUGUAAUAUGUAACAUUUACUCUCCCACCACGCACGCUGAACAGCACUUAUCCUGUCCAUCGCGGAACCACCCAACCCACGGCUUUCCAAAACCACCACCUCUGUUACCAUCACCACUGGCACCCCUUAUAGACUCCACCCCUGCUAGCGCCAAGUGCAAUUAUAUCUGUGUGAGUGUAUGUUUUUAUCAAUUAUGUAUAUACCAUUUUUUAAAUCCUAUUUCAUCAGUAAAGAGCAAUUUUUUGUUGCUGUUUUGGCCACCAGCUUCUCUGUCAUUCAGGAGUAAGGACUGGGCUUAAAGUACGCAUUGAUGGGGCUGAGAUGGAGAGAGAGAGGGAGGAUUCAUAACAGGAUUCAAGCCUCACAAUCCAACUCUAUCAGCUUGUCCUGGGGAGUGUACAAGGUUCAACAGGUCAUUCUGGGAAAGAUCUAAGGGGCAUGGAGGUGUUCACACAUGCAUGGCAGAGCCACUAGAACGUACAAUGGCUCAAUCCCUUAGCCCCCCCCCCCUUGUUUUUGAGUGUCCCUCUGUGGGGGAGUGGCACUCAAAAAUGGAGCAACGAGUGGUAGGGAGAGCUAUAAUAACACUUGGGAAUGGGACAUCGCUACAUCACUUGCGCACAUCAGAAACGGCCACGGACACCACGCAAUUAAUUGACGAUGAACCUUGUGUUUUUCAGAAUGCCUAUACUGGCUACAGUAAUAACUUUCCUUAUAUUUCUCCUGCAACAAAUAUGUACUUACCAUAUGAACAUCAAAUGAGAACAGCAGAACAACAAUGGACCCGUAAUGUACCCAUCCUCUGGCUGCGGUUCAAUGUGGAGUAGUACAGAAGCAGGACUUUUGUUCCAUAGCGGUUUAACCGUCACAUUUCAUUCAGUUAUUACAAGUGAAGGCACUUUAGCUAGAACAAUUAAAACUACUGUUCUGAACUAAUAUUUAUACCAAACGUUUUCAGGGUCAGUACACAGAUCGGCUACAUAGCUACACAUCCAUAGCAUACAGGUAUUUUUAUCUUCCACUACUACACAAUAAGGAAGAAAAGAGUUAGCUAGGGGUAGCAGGGGUUGGAACCAAAAUUAUUUUCCAAUCUCUUUGUUCUGAACCACCAUUCUUUUUUGUUUCUUUCCACUGUUCCUAAUGGAAAAACAAAGUUCUGAACCGGUUUGAUGUAAGAAUCGGUUCGUUAUAAGAAUCGUUAUAAGAAUCGGACAAAGGCGUAGCGUGGUAUGCGUGCAUUCUUAUUUACUAAAAAGAAUUAACACUGAACAAAAUAACAAAACGAAACGUGAAGCUAUACAAACGAGUGCUGACAGGCAACUAUAGAUAGAGAAGAUCCCAAAAACACCAAAGGGAAAUGGCUACCUAAAUAUGAUCUCCAAUCAGAGACAACAAUAAUACCAUAGACAUACAAAUCACCUAGACCGAGUAAAACCCUAGACAUACAAAACCCUCUAGACACAAGACAAAAACUAGCGUACCCACCCCAAUCACACCCGGACCUAACCAAAAUAUAAACAAAACAGAUAUCUCAGGUCAGGGCGUGACAGGACCCCCGCCAAAGGUGCGGACUCCCGGCCGCAAACCUGAACCUAUAGGGAGGGUCCGGGUGGGAAUCUACCCUCGGUGGCGGCUCCGGUUCUGGAUGCAGCCCCCCCUCUUUACGCUGAUUCCUCCGCCUUUGUAGAACCGGACCGUGGAUCAUCGCCAGAGGCUCUGGACUGCGGAUCAUCGCCGGAGGCCCCAGACUGGAGACCGUCGUUUGAGACCCCGGACUGGGGACCAACGCCGGAAACCCCGGACUGUGGACCAUCGUUGGAGGUUCCGGACUAUGGCCCGUCGUUGGAGGUUCCGGACUGUGAAACGUCGCCGGAAGCUCUGGACUGGGAACUGUCGCCGGAAGCUCUGGACUGGCAAUUGUCGCCGGAAGCUCUGGACUGGGAACUGUCGCCGGAAGCUCUGGACUGGAAACUGUCGCCGGAAGCUCUGGACUGGGAACUGUCGCCGGAAGUUCUGGACUGUGGAGGCACACUGGAGACCUGAUGUGUGGUGCUGGCACUGGUGGUACCGGGCUGAAGACACACAUCUCAGGACACAGGGGGUUCUGGACUGUGGAGGCGCACUGGAGGCCUGGUGUGUCGGACCGGUACAGGUGGCACCGGGCUGAAGACACGCACCACAGUGCGAUUGCGGGCAGGAGGCACAGCACGUACUGGACUGUGGAGGCGCACUGGAGGUCUGUUGCGUGGUGCCGGCACUGGUGGUACCGGGAUGAUGACACGCACCUCAGCGCGAGUCCGGGUAGCAGGCACAGGACGUACUGGACUAUGGAGGCGCACUGGAGAUCUGGAGCGUAGAGCUGGCACAAUGCAUCCUGGCUGGAUGCUCACUUGAGCCCGGCAAGUGCGGGGCGCUAGCACAGGACGCACUGGGCUAUGCAGACGCACCAGAGACACAGUACGUAGAGCCGGCGCAGGAUAUCCUGGUCCAAGGAGGUGUACUGGAGACCAGGAGCACUGGGCCGGCACCAUCUGUCCUGACUGGAUGACCAUUCUAGCCCGGCAAAUGCGAGGAGCUGGAAUAGAGCGCACCGGGCUAUGAAUGCGAACUGGAGACACCGUGCGCAUAACUGCGUAACACGGUCUCUGACCAUCUCCAACCUGACUCAGCCAACCUCUCUGUGUGCCACCCCCCCAAAAAAAUCUUAUGGGGCUGCCUCUCGUGCCUGUCUCGUUGGUACAACUCCUCGUAACAUCGCCGUUCCGCUUUCGCUGCCUCUAUCUCCUCCUUAGGACGGCGAUACUCCCCAGCCUACGUCCAGGUUCCUGCUCCACCCAGAAUCUCCUCCCAGGUCCAUUCCUCCUGACCACGCUGCUUAGUCCAUUUUUGGUGGGAUCUUCUGUCACGUUCGUUAUCGGACCAAGGCACAGCGUGGUAUGCGUACAUUCUUAUUUAUUAAAAGGAAUGAACACUGAACAAAUAAACAAAAUAACAAAAUGAAACGUGACGCUAUACAAAAAAGUGCUGACUGGCAACUACACAAAGACAAGAUCCCAAAAACAUGGCUAACUAAAUAUGAUCCCCAAUUAGAGACAACGAUAAACAGCUGCCUCUGAUUGGGAACCAUAUCAGGCCACCAUAGACCUACAAAUCACCUAGACCUACAAAAACCCUAGACAUACAAAAAAACCUAGACAAUACAAAAACUAGUGUACCCAUCCUAGUCACACCCUGACCUAACCAAAAUAUAAAGAAAACAGAGAUAUCUCAGGUCAGGGCGUGACAUUUGAACCAAAAUAAAGGACCGAUUUAUAUUGUUCCUUUCUGUUCAUUUUUUAACUGUUGAAAUCAACAUAAAAAAACAUUUAAUCAAUCAAUCAAAUGUAUUUAAAAAGCCUUUUUUACAUCAGCAGAUGUCACAAAGUACUUAUACAGAAAUCCAGCAUAAUUAUAGCCUCAAGCUCAUUACCAUAACGCAACGUUAACUAUUCAUGAAAACAUUUUCACAAAAACAAAAAAACAUUCAAAUAAAAUAAUUUACCUUUGAAGAACUUCCGAUGUUUUCAAUGAGGAGACUCUCAGUUAGAUAGCAAAUGUUCAGUUUUUCCAAAAAGAUUAUUUGUGUAGGAGAUAUCGCUCCGUUUUUUUUCAUCACGUUUGGCUAAGAAAAAACCCCGAAAAUUCAGCCAUUACAACGGCAAACUUUUUUCCAAAUUAACUCCAUAAUAUCGACAGAAACAUGGCAAACGUUGUUUAGAAUCAAUCCUCAAGGUGUUUUUCACAUAUCUAUUCCAUGAUAAAUCACUCGUGGCAGUUUGGUUUCUCCUCUGAACAAAAUGAAAAAAUGCACGCACCUGGAGAUUACGCAAUAGUUUCGACGGACGACACUGAGCGGACACCUGGUAAAUGUAGUCUCUUAUGGUCAAUUUUCCAAUGAUAUGCCUACAAAUACGUCACAAUGCUGCAGACACCGUGGGGAAACGACAGAAAGUGUAGGCUCAUUCCUUGAGCAUUCACAGCCAUAUAAGGAGACAUUGGAACACAGCGCAUUCAAACUCUGGUUCACUUCCUGUAUGAAAUUUCAUCUUGGUUUCGCCUGUAGCAUUAGUUCUGUGGCACUCACAGACAAUAUCUUUGCAGUUUUGGAAAUGUCAGAGUGUUUUCUUUCAAAGCUGUCAAUUAUAUGCAUAGUCGAGCAUCUUUUCGUGACAAAAUAUCUUGUUUAAAACGGGAACGUUUUUCAUCCAAAAAUGAAAUACUGCCCCCAGAGGUUCAAGAGGUUAAAAUGACAGCCUACCGGGGAACAGUUAAAUGUCUUGUUCAGGGGAAAACAACAGAUUUCUACCUUGUCAGCUCAGAAAUUUGAUCCAGCAACCUUUCGGUUAUUGGCCCACCACUCUUACCACUAGGCUGCCACCCCAAACUAGAGCGCUGAAAAGGCACUACCACUCCCUUAAAGUUGAAUUGGGACAGCACUGCGACUCGAUGAGGAUCGAGGGAUUGCACAAAAUGGAGGGGGAGGGCUAUAGGGGGGUAUUGGGAUUGAGCCUAUGUCUGCCUAUGUUUACACACAGGAGUGAUUGGACAUCCAGGUCUAGUACCCAAUCAACCAAUACUUUUUGUUUGGUAUCCAGCCAUGUUGCAUGUUGAAGUAUUUUAUAUAAACAGUCUUAAUGUGAAAAAUAGUCUUGAUGUUAUUUUCCGAGCAGCUUCAGAAGAGACACAGAUAUACACAGUUUGCCAGAGUUCAUUGGAGAUUUAGAAUUUCAGUCAGUGACACAUUGGCACUAAAAGUUCCAAGAUAAUUACUCUCUAGUUAGAGUUAUAAUUACAAUGUUGUUGUCAUGUUUGGUGCCAACAGUUGGUUGAUAACUGUGGAACUGUGACUGGUAGUGAGACCAUACAUGACCCCGUCACUGCGUGUGUGUGUUUGUUUGUGUGUGGGUGUAUGUAUGUGAAUGUGUGGGCUGUUUUAGCUGUUAGGGGAACACGGUCAAUGAGCGAUAAUGUGGAAUGAUAUGCUGCUUUUGCAUUUCCGGUCUCUCUGAAAAUUCUAGAACAUCUGGAGUCAGAACUCUGCUAAUUGAGCGACCAAUGAGAGGGUAGUGGUCCGUAGCUCCGUCACAGUUCUGGAAACAUUAAAGGAACAGUAUGUCCAGAUUUUAUUAAAGGAACAGUGAACCCAGAUUGUUAAAAUAACAGUACUUACAAAUUUUAUUAAAGGGAUAGCUCACCCAGAUUACUUAAAAGGGAUUGUUCACUCAGAUGACUAAUAACUUUGUAGUUCAGGUUUCCCUUUAAUUCUGACAUUGACCAGAGUACAUUACUGUAUGAAAAUCUCAAACACAUGCAGUGGGUUAACCAAAUCAUGUUUGUUGUCAGCCAGACUACCAUGUAAAUGUUUCAUGAAACAUUAUGGAAUUUAUAAAGUAUCAUAUUUAGCAAACCACACACUAUGAAAAUCAAUGUUAUAGUAAUAUAGAGAAAGUCAUAAUCUCAUCAACAGUUGUAGUGUGAUAGUAUUAGUAGCAGUAUAGUAAUAGUAGAAGUAGUGCAGGGGGGGACUCUUUUUAAUUGGGGGGGACUCAGUUGGGGUCUCAACUCACUGUAUAUUUUGAAAUUUGUGCAUUAACAGUCACUCAGUUAGCCCAUGUCAGCGAUUUAAAAAAAAAAAAUUUAAUAUAUAUAUAUAUAUAUUUUUUUUAAUUAUAUUUUUUUAUUGCUCCGUUAGUAUGUCAGCCAGCUAUCUAAACUUGUAGUAAGCACGGUCGUAUUACAGACCGGGGUGGGGCCCAUUGAUCAUCAGUUAUCAUACUAAAAACGGCAAACCCUUCUGCAGGAAAUUAGCUGUAAAUCUGUUAAUUCCUCUCCGCCCCACGGCUAAAUAAGUAGAAUUGCAUGAAAUGAGGGUAUGCAGACCCACGAGCAACUAUGUCCCCCCCCCAUGAUGAGUAAAAACAAUGUGUGGCCCCCACCCCCAUCAAAGUUGCCCAUCCCCGAUCUAGUGGAAUACAGUGGCUUGGCUACCUAUUAAUGUCAUAUACUGUAUGUUAUUUUGGAUACCGAUGCCCUUUAUGUCCAACAAAUUCAUACAUUUUCAUUUACAUUUUAGUCAUUUAGCAGACACUCUUACCCAGAGUCGACUUUGGGCAAAAAAAAAAAAACAUCUUUAAACAAUUCAUUGACCAAUGCACCAUCAUACCAGGUCAUUUAAUGCUUGAAAAAAACUUGAUAAAUAAGAUAUUUGGCUACAGAAGUGCUAUUUCUUACCGACCUCUACAGCUUCCAUCCAAAAACAAAUCCUGUGAAAUUGCGUCAACACAUACUGGAGAAGUUACUGGCUAGCUACAGAGGCUAGCUUAGCUAACAAACUAGCUAUGUUGGUCAUCUCGCAUGACCAGAAUGAUCCACCAAAGGCACACCCCAUUUCUGUUUUAAAAUGGAGAAAGGGGUGGAGUUGGAACGUUUUUUUGUGCCCAAAGUCGACUUAUAAGAUAGCUGGGUGACACAACCACAUAUCACAGUCAUAGCAACAACAACAAAAAAUCCCUCAAUUAAGUAGUUAGCAACGAUACAUAACUUUAGAAUGUGAUAAUGAGAACAAGAAUAGGAUCCACAUUAGUCAACUGUUGUUUUUGCACUUUUUUACUUUACAAUUUUUGGUACUUUUAAUGUACUUUUUCAUAUAAAUAAUCUUAAGCAUGAGAUACAUCACAUUUUAAUUUUGAACCUUUAUCUUUCCAUAGGUUAAAGAUUUACUCUUUUAUAUGUCAAACACACACCGUUCUUAUGAAGGAGCUAGAUGUAACAUCGUUUCAAUGUUAAACUGUAUAUUGUUGAGUUAAAACGUAGUCUUUUAACCAUGAAUAAAAGGUAUUCAUUUA